AUGAAAACCCUCAGCAGCCCCAGCAACUCCAGCACCAUCUCUGGCUUCAUCCUCCUGGGAUUCCCCUGCCCCAGGGAAGGGCAGAUCCUCCUCUUUGUGCUGUUCUUUGUUGUCUAUCUCCUCACCCUCAUGGGCAAUGCUUCCAUCAUCUGUGCUUUCUCCUUGGGUUCUACAGAAUGCUUUUUCCUGGCAGUUAUGGCCUUUGAUCGCUACCUUGCCAUCUGCAGGCCUCUACACUAUCCUGCUCUUAUGACUGGGCGCCUCUGUAACAUCCUGGUGAUCAGUUGCUGGGUGCUUGGUUUCCUCUGGUUCCCCAUUCCCAUCACCAUCAUCUCCCAGAUGUCCUUCUGUGGGUCCAGGAUUAUAGACCAUUUCCUAUGUGACCCUGGCCCUCUCUUGGCCCUCAGCUGUGUGAGAGAUUCUUUAUUAGAGUUGACUAGUUCCACCUUAAGUUCCCUACUUUUAUUUGUCCCAUUUUUCUUUAUCAUGGGGUCUUAUGCUUUGGUUAUGAGAGCUGUGUUGAGGGUUCCUUCAGCAGCUGGACGAAGAAAGGCCUUCUCCACGUGCGGGUCCCAUUUGACUGUGGUUUCUCUUUUCUAUGGAUCAGUGAUGGUCAUGUACGUGAGGCCAACAUCUGAGCAUACAGCUGGAAUGCAGAAGCUUGUGACUCUGUUUUAUUCUGUGGUUACUCCACUCAUUAAUCCUGUGAUCUACAGUCUGAGGAACAAAGAUAUGAAAUGUGCAAUGAAGAAAGUACUGAAAAUAUAA